AUGAAGGCCUUAAACUCUCUUUGUCUUUAUUUGGUCUUAAUAACUACAUGUGCCGCCCGCAACCCUUGUAAAAAAAUAUGCAUAUUUGACAACGUAACCUGCGUCACAAGAGGCGGAUUCAAUAUGUAUAAGAAUGUUGUCCAUGGAGAGAAAGGUUUAAUCAUGCCUUUGGAUCCUUUACAUAUAGAAGAAAUCGACGGAGAAACGGCUUCAGUGAAAUUUAAAUUAACUAAAAUUAAAAUGUGUGGUUUGAAAAACUGUGAAGUUACAAAAGCGACGGUAAAUGCGACGGACGACAUCUAUAAACAAUAUCUGUACUGUCCUAAAUUGGUUUCACAUUUUCACUUCAAAGCUCAAGAACUAUCGGAUAAUCCAGAACUUUAUGGAACAGGUGAAGCUACGAUAGAGGCUUAUGAUUAUAAUAUAGUAAACUACGGAAAAUAUUCGGUAUUUGUAAAUAAAGAUCACAGGCCACAUUUUUUUGUAAAAACUCAUGAUUCGAAAUCGCGCCUUAAAGGAAAACUAGUAUUUGAAAUUACACAGGGCUACAUUGUAGACAACCUCACAGUAAAUCAAACAGAGGCGUACAUAAACCAACAUUCGACGCAAACAGAAGAUUUUAUACAGAAACCUAUUGUCAAGAGAGCCAUGUCAAUUUUAUGGAAAAAUACUGACAUUUUCGUCAGAAAGUAUACAAUGGGCGAAAUAAUUCCUGAACAUUAA